AUGGCCAAAGGAAACCGCGCAAAGUCGCUGGCUGAGCAGCUCGCAGACCUCGACAACCCCGCCCCCAAAGAUUUCGAUCCCGAAGAGCCGGACAACGACGCCAGCGAGAGCGAUGACUCGGGGAGCGAUGACGAGAACGCCCACGACGGGAGAGAACAUUAUGUCGAUGUUGGGAAGAGCAAGCUCCGCAAGCGCGACACUGUCCCACUGGGCCCCAAGUACGAAGGCUCCCGCGUAGGCCGCGAUGCUGUUGGGGACGAGGAUAGCGACGACCCUUUCAGCAGAGGUUUCGACGAGGGCAGCAGCGACGAAGAGGACGAUGAAGACGAAAGCGGUGUCUCUGAGGACGACGAAAUGGACGGCGCAGAAGGUAGCGGUUCUGAACACGAAGGAGAUGGCACCUCGGCGACCGAUUUCAGCGACGAAGACGACGACGACGACGACGACGACGACGACGACAUGGAGGACGCUGCGCCCAAGAGCGGAGGCAUCGAUCGCGCCGAGCUGCGCAAGAUCAUGAGCGAGGAGCAAAAGACCGUUGCCGCAACCAUUUCGGAGGCGGCAAAGGCAGACGCAGAGAAAGGUCGUGCUGUUAAAGCCCAGCGGAAGACAUUCGAUGCGCUCCUCAACACCAGGAUCAGGCUCCAGAAGGCCAUCAUCUCGACGAACUCGCUCGCUUCGCCGCAAGUACAAGUCCCUGACGACGCAGAUGACCUCAACGACCCCGUCCGCGCCGCCGAGGAGGCCGCCUGCAAUCUCUGGAACUCGCUCAACGACCUGCGCGAGAGCCUGCACACGGCGCGCACCGGCGCCAAGCGCAAGCGCGUCGAAAUCAGCACGUCCACCCCCUCCGACGAGGCUUGGAGCUACAUGCAAUCCUACGAGUCCGAAACGCUGCCCCACAGACAGAGCGUGCUGGAAAAGUGGUCCGCAAAGGCGCGCGGCGUCUCCACCCAGCCCACCAAGGGCCGCCUCACCACCACCACCGAGCAGACCAUCGUCGACGUGCUCUCCUCGCAGCUGUCCGACCCCGCCCGCCUCGUGCAAAAGACGCGCACCGCCCGCUCGUGCGCGCCGCUGCACGCCGGCACCGAGAGCGCCGACGUCUUCGACGACGCCGACUUCUACGGCCUGCUGCUCAAGGAGCUGCUGGAGCGGCGCAGCGAGGAGAGCCAGACGGGCGCCCUGGCCGGCAUGAGCUUCAACAGCGUCCCCAUCACGAGCCACUGGCAGGCCGCGCGCGAGGCCAAGACGCACCGCGCCAACGUCGACGUCCGCGCCAGCAAGGGCCGCAAGCUGCGCUACACGGUGCACGAGAAGCUGCAGAACUACAUGGCGCCCGAGGAUCGCAACGGGUGGCAGGACCGCCAGGCCGAUGAGUUGUUCAGCAGUCUGUUUGGCCAACGCAAUGCGUUGGCCGAGGAAGACGUGGAUGAGAAGGAGAGUGAUGAGGAGGAUUUGGGCGAGCAGGGGCUGUUGUUGUUUGGUGGGAAGAAGUAG